AUGAGUCGCCGGGCCAGUCUGCUCGCCAAGCAGGAGAAGAGCAAACCCAGGGUCCGGUUUCCCGAUGAGCUGAUCUUCUUGGACAAUAUCAAGGGCAACGACAUCCAAGCCUGUCACUCCAUGCUCCGACGUGCCAGUGUCCAGCUGGACAUCAAUGGUCUGGACAGCAAUGGUUUGACCCCAAUACACAACGCAGUUCUGGAGGGAAACUUGGCCGCAGUCAAACUGCUGGUACAGCAUGGUGCAGACGUCAACAGGAAGGACUCGGACACCUGGACGCCACUACAUGCUGCUUGCGCUAACGGUGAAGCAGAUAUUGCCAGGUACCUACUGAGUAAAGGCGCCAACAAGGACAUCAAAACCAACGACGGCGAGCGCCCCCUGGACCUGUGUGACGCCAGAGACUUUGCCAUCAUCAGCGUCAUGUUAGAGAGCGACAAGGCCAGGAAAGCGCGCCUCCUCAGCGCCCCUGAGGAAGAACUAGAGUUCGACGUAGAUGAUAAAAAACUUAACGAUAACAGCGAUGAUGAUCACGGCGAUAAGCUGUCAGUCAAACUAAACUCAAUGUCGGACUCUGCUGAUUCAAGUCCUGAAACUCCACACAGAAACCGACUCAAGAAUGACAUCAAGAACGCUAACGCCUACACAAAAUCCUCAACGGCUGGGCUGGUCAAAGCAAUGAGUCAUCUGCAGACUGUCACGGAAGACAGCUCCCCGUCAACACUGUCGCCAAAUACUGUCCGACAGCGUAACACCGCCUCUUCGUUGUCGCCCAAGAGUGCUCACUCUCCCAGCGACACAGCCGUGCCUAGGCCGCCGAAACCCCCAGGGCAGUCCAUCUUAAAGAAGUCGCCACAGCAAUUCAGAGCGGCAACAGAUUAG